AGUAAAGUCAUCUUUUGAGACCAACCAGCAUAAUGUCAAUUUGAUUGAAAGCUAGGGCUCCGUUGUCCAAGGUUUGUCAUCCAAACUAACAAGACAAUAGAACAGGGAAGAUGUACAUAUAAAUAUAAUUUAGAUUCAUAUAGAACAUACCAACAUGGAGGAAGCCCCGGCCAUUGCAGACAGUUUUGAAGAACGUCGUAAGAUUUUUAAAGACAUUUGGGAUAGCAGUGAUACUAAUGAUCCCGAAGAUCAGAAGCCAAAAGUUAUCAAAACUGCUAGAUUGAGCAAUGACGUUAUUGCAAUCAGAAAGAAGCGCGUAAAGAAAUUGAAGAGCGUGUGUAAAAAAGUGUUAGAAUUAUCUAAUCGUAAAAAUUAUAUACAAGAAGAGAUAACUUUAAUCGGGACCAGAAAAUCAAAAAAAUAUAAAUCUGCACGUGUAAGACGAAGGAGAAAAACAGUUAAAAAAAUAAAAAGUACAUCAUCCUGUAAAUCGUCUUCUAAGAAUUUAUCGCUGAUGAAUGAUGUAACGAGCGAAGGCAAAAAUAAUUAUGGUGAAACUCUAAAAAAUGUUCCAGUCGUUAUAGAAAACGAGGACGUUAAAGAAAAUAUGAAAAAGUUCAUAAAACCCGUUAAAGUAGAAGCCAAAAGACCGAAAUCACCAGUGAGAUUUCAUUUAAAACAACCUGUUCAAGUCCAAAGGGAAUUAGCAACUUUGACUACAAUAAACUUAUGUAUGUAAAAUAAUUUGAUUCUAGAAAAAUAAAAGCAGUUAACAUAA